AUGAAGUUCGUUCUCUUUGCACAGCUGGCAGCAGUUGCUGCUCCAGCCAUCGCUAUCGACCUCGCAGUUCAAGCCGGCCAGCAUGUCAUGUACUCUUAUCCAGGCCUCACACCCCCCGAGAGCUUGUACAAGCUCACAUCAGAAGGCAAAGUCGGCGGCCUGAUCAUCUUCAAAGAAAAUGUCAACUCCAACUUGCCAGCUAUAAUGGACAAGUUCCAGGCCCUCUACAAAGCCUCGCCAGCCUAUAAUGGUCAUCCCAUGAUUAUCACCACCGACCAAGAGGGAGGCAAUGUCCGUCGUGUUCCCGGCGGUCCAAGCCAGAGUGCUCGCCAGAUUGGUGACUCCUCAACUCCCAUGCAAGCAGCUAGCCAGGCUGGUCGGGACGCUGCAGCGGCUUUGAAAGCGCAGAAGAUCAACGGCAACUUGGCUCCUGUUCUGGACAUAUACCGCGAAGAAGGGAACUUCAUUGACGAAUUCGGCCGUUCUUUCGGUAAUAAUACCGAAAUAGUGACCUCAUGCGGUUCGGCCUUCGCUAUUUCGCAAUCUCGUUCCGGCGUGUUGUCGACAGUGAAGCAUUUCCCGGGCCUUGGGGCCGCGAAGAAGGGUGAAAACACAGAUCUAGUUCCUAUCAAGAUCGAUUUGUCUCUGGAUGAAAUCCGUACUUUCGACGAGGUGCCUUAUCGCACCGCCAUCCGUAACGGAGUCGAUUUGAUCAUGACAUCUUGGGCAGUGUACCCUUCCCUUGACGCAAAGUAUCCUGCUGGGCUGAGCAGAAAGUGGACAACGGAUGAGUUGCGAACAAGACUCGGCUACAAGGGCGUUAUUAUCACUGAUGCCAUCGAGGCCGGUUCUCUGAAAUCCUUUGGAAAUGAUGGACAGCGAGGUGUAUUGGCCGCAAAGGCGGGAGUGGAUAUCUUGCUUGCAUCUGGAAGAAAUGCUACGCAAGGAGAGGCAAUCGUCAACGAGAUCGUAGCAGCCUUGAAGAAGGGUACUUUGUCCAUGACCGAGUUCCAGGAGAGCUCGAAGAGAAUUCAAGCUCUCCAAAGCCGCCUUUCGGCAUAG